AUGUCUCCCGCCCUCUGCGCGCCCAACGCGCAGCGGCGGCAGACCACCCUCCGGUUCGAGGGGCGCCUGGGGCUGAGCGGGCUGCCUCCGCCAGAGUUUGGCUCGCCCACCGGCGGGCUGUCACCCUGCCACGGGUCGCAAGCCCUCUGCCGGCCGGAGCGCAGGCUGCGCGGGCUUCCAGCAAUUGGUCCCUUGGCAAGCGCGAAUCGGUCCCCCUGGCUCCAGGAACUGAUCCGGCACUACACCCGGAUCUAUUGCUGUUUACCUCAUCUUAAGGGCAUCAGAAGGGACCAAGAGGAGUCCAGUCUGAGCCAUAGAGCCAAUGUCUUCGCCCUCGAGGGUCGCGUUCAAAUGCCCGGAACGGACGUCACAGUGGUGUCCGGCCGGCGCGAUCACCGAGCUGUGACGCUCAGGGAAGCCUGA